AUGUCUUACUAUCCACCCUACUCGGGCGCGCCGGGUUACCCCCCGCAGCAGCCAUCUUAUCCCCCGCAACAGCAGUACUCACAAAUGAGUCAUCAUCAGCAGCCAUCUUAUGGCGGUUAUCCCGGCCAGUCGUACCACCAACAGCCGCAGCAAUCCAACCCCUAUGGAUACAGCCAUUCGCCUCAACCCCAACAGUCCUACGGCGGACAUGCUCCUCAGCAGAGCUACAACGCCCCGCCAUCCGGAUACAACCAGCAGCCAAUGCAAGGAAGACCAGCUUACGGUCAAAGUGGCGGUCCACCUCGUCCUCCCAGCAACCCCGUCGCCUUCGGUCACGGCGCUCCCCAGGGAUAUAACUUCCAAUACUCUCGUUGCACGGGCAAGAGAAAGGCAUUGUUGAUUGGUAUCAAUUACUUUGGCCAGAAAGGACAGCUGCGCGGAUGUAUCAAUGAUGUCAAGAACAUGUCGGCCUAUCUGAACCAGAACUUCGGUUAUGCUCGUGAAGACAUGGUGCUCUUGACUGAUGACCAGCAAAACCCGAUGAGCCAGCCGACCAAGGCAAACAUUCUGCGGGCCAUGCACUGGCUGGUCAAGGAUGCCCAGCCCAAUGACUCGUUGUUUUUCCACUACUCCGGCCACGGCGGUCAGACACCUGACUUGGAUGGCGAUGAGGAGGAUGGAUAUGAUGAAGUAAUCUACCCAGUGGACUUCCGUGCGGCAGGCCACAUCGUUGAUGAUGAGAUGCACCGUAUCAUGGUGCAGUCUCUACGACCCGGCGUCCGGCUCACAGCGAUCUUCGACUCCUGCCACUCUGGCUCCGCUCUGGACCUCCCUUACAUCUACUCCACUUCCGGUGUGCUCAAGGAGCCCAAUCUGGCCAAGGAGGCUGGACAAGGGUUGCUUGGCGUGGUGUCGGCAUACGCGCGUGGUGAUAUGGGCAGCAUGGUGUCAACUGCCAUGGGCUUCCUUAAGAAGGCCACCAAGGGUGACGAAGUGUAUGAACGCAACAAGCAGACCAAGACCAGCCCCGCAGAUGUCAUCAUGUGGUCCGGCAGCAAGGACGACCAGACCAGUCAAGACGCCCAGAUUGCCGGCCAGGCUACGGGCGCCAUGUCCUGGGCUUUCAUCGCGGCCCUUCGGAAGAAUCCUCAGCAGAGCUAUGUCCAGCUUCUGAACAGCAUUCGUGACGAACUCUCUACCAAAUAUACCCAAAAGCCCCAGCUGAGCUGCAGCCACCCUCUAGAUACCGACAUUCUCUAUGUAAUGUAA